AUGGGACGGUCACAUGGAGAAGAAAUGGAGGAGGUUGACCAUUAUGUGGAACACAUCAAACAGUUGUCUUCAGAAAGAGAUGAUGUUCUUCAGAGUCUGGAACUGGAAAACAGGCAGCUGAAAGAACAGGUGAUCCAAUUGACUGAUGAUCCAAAUGCAACUCGAGAAGAACUUGCAAAAAUUCUGGAGCAUCAAGGUCUUGAAGAAAUUAUUGACUACAGUCGACUGGAACAGGUUGCCUUUCUUCUGGCAGAACGUGCCCAGUUAUUAGAUGAACUGGAAGCCCUCCAAGACCAAAAGAAAUGCUCUACAAAAGAUGCCAACAUACAGGUUGAUCAUGCGGAGAGUAACCUUAACCAGAAUCUUAACCUCACUGAAAUGGCAUUAUCAGAAAAUUCUUCCAGCAAAGAGCAAAACAUUAUUGAAGAACUUGUUGGUGAUGAUGUCUGUGCAUCCAAUAAAGGCAAUGAUGAGGAUAAAAAAUUUUUCUUUAAUGACACCAAUAUUAACCCCUGUGAAAUGGAAAGAUUUGUAUCCAAGUUGACCAGCACUGAAGAUUUAAAUCUGAUGCAGCAAAAAGAGGUUAUGGAUGCCUCUACUGGUAUGGAUGAUGCGUUGGAAUCGGAUGUGGAUUUACAGAAACUCUUGGAGAAGGAACAUGGAGAAUUUGAGGAUGAGCUUCAUAAACAGCAGGAAUUCUGGCAGAUGAAUGAAAAAAAAUUGAAAGAUGAACACGAGGAAGAAGUUAACACUGUCCUUGAAGAAAAUGACAGAUUGGAAGAAGAAUUAUCGGAGGCUCGAUUAAAGAUGGAUCAAUAUGAAGAACAAGUUGAGGAACUGAAGAAAACGGUUGACAUUUUGACAAGUCAGUUGGAACAGAGCAAAAGUGAAAAAUCUGAAGAACCAGAAAAAGUUGCCUCUACCCCAGGGUUAACGGUGAGAAGAUCUAGUGAUGUUGCUCUGCGGAAAGUUAUUGAAGAUAAAACCAAAGUUGAAAUGGAAUUAAUGUCUUUAAAAUCCCAAUUGAAAAACCUGGAGCAUGAAAAUAAGUCUGUCAAAUCACAGGUGGACCAGUUUCAGACGGAGGCUGAACAAGAACGAGAUCUUCAGCAGCAACUCCGAUACAGAACAAACAGUUUGAAGACUGAAGUUGAAAAGUUGGAGAAACAGUUGGAAGAAAAGAAGAAAUCUGUGGAGAAACUGACAAGAGAGAAAAAUGCAUCUCACACUCAAGUGGAAUUGCUUCGUAAAGAGGUGAAGGACAUGAAGGUUCAAAAAGAACAAUUGGAAACCUGGCAGGACAUAGCAGAGAUAAUGAGCAAUGAUAAAAAAAGCCUCAGUGAAAAAGUGGAUAUCUUGACUACGGAACUUAGUGAAAUGCGGAUGGAGCGGGAUUGCAUCCUUGAGGAAAAGCAUCAAUUGUCAAAAGACGGAAUGGUUCUGUCAAGCCAGCUGGAUGAAGCCCACAGGGAAGUGGACAGGUACAAGUCUGACUAUGAUAAGGUAACAAAGGAUUACGAGAGGCUGGAGAAUGCCAAACUUGAACAGGCCAGCCGAAUUGAUGAUCUGCAAACAGACCUGAAAAACUUGUCAAAAGAUAAGGAACUCUUAGAGGAAUCAUUCCAGAAGGAGAAAAUGUACAAGGAGAAUUUGGUUAUCACUGUAGAAGAACUGCGAACAGAUGCAGAAAAAUAUAAACUUGAAAUCCAGGAAUCUGCAAAGAACCAGAUUGUGAUUGUACAUCUACGAGAACAAAACAAACUCUUGAGUAAAGAUUUAGAAGAGACCAAAAUGCAACUGCAGGAAAAACAAACAGAAAAUGAAGAAACUCGAAAAAAAGAACAACAAAUGGAUGUAGAUCAUCAAGAAACUAAUCAAAGACUUGCAUCUGAAAUUGAAGAUCUCAAGACAAAACUGCAGAUUUCCUUGGAAGAACUUGGUAAAUCUCGGGAGGCUUUUGAUGAUUUGCAUCAAGAGCGACAGUUGACGGUGAAAAAUCUGGAGAUGAAAUUGCAGGAUGUGCAACUGCAACUAACAGAUACAACAUAUGAACAGGAAGAUAAACAAAAUAAAGUUGUACAGUUGCAAGCAGAGGUUGAUAAAUUGAAAGAUUUACUGGAAAAGAAAACAAGUGAAAUGGAAAAUAUACAACAAAAUUAUUUGCAGGAACAAGAAGAUUCCCAAGGAAAAAUCCAAAUGGUUGAAAGUGAUCUGAGUAAAAAAUUGGAAGAACUUAAGCAAUUAAAACAAGAGGAGGAAAACAACCUGGUGGUACAGUUAGAUGAUCUUCAGAAACGGUAUGAAAGCGUGAGUGUACAACUUCAAGCAGUCAUCGCAGAGAAGACAGAAGCAGAAGCUAAGCUAACACUGACCAGGGCUGAUUGUGACCAAUCAAAGACAUUAGUAUCUAACUUGGAAAACAACCAAAAGGACCUUAAAGAGGAACUACGACUGGUGCUGGCUGCCAAGGAUGAUGUUUCCCAGAAACUGGUGCUCACUCUCCAGAAACUUGAGACAGUUCAGCUUGAAUUGCUCAAUAAGAAAGCAACAGAUGGCAAGAUAGAUGAGGUGGACAGAGAUGUGGAGUGGGAAGCAAGAAGUGUUCACUUUCAAGGGAGUGCUGUAGGUAGGAAUGGUGAUGGACGAUCUACAGAACCUUCUCCAAGAGACUUUGUGGUUUCUCUGCAAAACGGCAAGAUGUCUAAUAGUUUUGAGAAUGGAGAUUUGGAUAAAUCAACACAAAAUUUAAUGAAAGGACAAAAGGCAAAAACAACUGAAUAUCAAAAUGGUGUUCAUAGAUCUGAAAGUCAAGAUUCAAUUGAUGCCUAUCAAGAUGCUGGCGACACAGACAAAGAUUUGAGCUUUAUUUUUGGAAAGGAAAAGUUUGAAAGAACCUCAGAAAAUACAGGUUGGUUCCAAGCGCCAAAAGACAAGGCGGUUCAGGAAAAGGACAAGAUCAACUCUGACUUGUGUCAUCAAUUGGAACAACUGAAGGAAGAAAAUCAAGAUUUAAGAGUGAAGUUAGAACUGAAACAAAAGGAAGUUCUCCAAUUGCAGCAUGAUGCCACAGAAGCCAGACUUUCUGCUAGCUCUGCACUUACCCAGUUACAUGUGGAAACCAAACUCAGGAGUAUUCUUGAGAAUAAGAAUUCCUCUCUCAACAGUGAAGUCUUCAAAGUGUACGAUGAUGUAAAGCAAUUGAUUAAACGUAGUCUUAUUUUGGAGACAAACAAUCAGGAUUUGCAAAGCCAGCUUGAUCAGAAAACCAUGUCUUCCAGUGAUUCAGAAUUCCUACGAACACAAAGAUCAGCUCAACAAAUGGCAGAAAUCAGAUCAUCACGAGAACGGAUAGUGCAAGCAGAACUUGAGGCUGAAAGGUUAAAACAACAGAUCAACAGUCUUGUUCUAAAACAGAACAGUGCUGAGAGGGACUUGAGUGAAUUGCAGAAAUUAAAACCCGCUUUAGCUGAGGCAAAGAACGAAGCUGUACAGCUGAGGAGACGAUAUGAAGAAGAGAAAAUGAAAACUAAAUUACUGCACCAGACACAAAAUUACAUGAGACAAGAAAUUAAUCGACUUCAAUCAGCUGGUUUCAACCAAACAAGGCAGGAAAAAGAUGUGUCAAAGAACUCACCAUCACUGUGUAAUUUAGCAGCAGAGAACAACCACCUCUUGCAGGAAGUGAAUGACCUCAAGUUGGCACUGCUCUCUGCAAAUGAAAGGCAUGAAUUGCAACAAAAGAAAUAUGAAGACAGAAAACAUCGAAUAAGAACCAAAUUCCUGAGAGCCAGGGAACUGUACAAUCAAGAACGAGGCCAACUCAAAGAACAAUUAUCUCACCUGAGGGAAGAUCUUCUGGUGGCAAGGUCUAUGUUCAACAAAGAACAUGAAUUACGAGAGGAUUUGGACAAUAGCUACAAAAGGCUUUCUGUUGAACGAAGGGAACUUUUAAGCAAAAAUUCUGAACAGCUCCAGAAGAUCAGAGAACUGACAAGAAAUUUGUCAAUGCAUGAAGUUCAGUUGAAAUUCUUGGAAGAUGAAAACAAACGACUUCAAGAAAAAGUCAUCACUGCUAACCAGCGUCAUAGUGCAUCCCUACGAGCCAAUCAGAAAAUGAUAUUUCAGCAUCAACUGUCAAAAGAUACCGAUUCUCUACUUCUUGGUACCAUCUCUGGCAAUUUAGAGUCUGUUAUUAAUCGACCACUGUCCUAUUCUGAGAAUGGGAUGUUUUCCUUGUUGAAUAAUCAGCAUCAUUCGGACAAACACCAAGUGAUCAAUCUAAAUAAAGAUGAAGAACAUGAAAAUUUAGAAGACAGUUGUGAUGUCUAG